GCAAGAAGUUACUGUCAUCUCUUAAUCUGUCACACCCUUCACGUCUAAAUUCUAGUGUACUUAUUAUUUUUUCCAUAUACAUGAGUAAUGCAAAAAAAGAAACUACACAAAAAAGUAUCAUCCCCAUUAAAAACAAAACCGAAAAAAGUUAAAAAAUAUUUUCGUAAAAAUAAAGAAAAGAAAAAUCCUGAACUCGAACCGGGCACAUCAACAUCCAAACCUACGAGCCCGAGAAAUCCACAUUUCAAACGUUUUUUGGACUAUGAGCAAGUUAGGAUUUAUUUAAAUUCCUUGCUGCAAGCAUAUCCUAAUAAUCUUGAAAUGGAAAUUAUAGGAAGUUCCAAAGCAGGUAGACCUAUUUUCUUAAUGUUAGCAGCAAGACACGUUGAUCUUCCACGCAAAAAUGCCGUUUUCAUUGAAGCUGGUUCGAACGGAGAAGAUGUCAUGUCUGUAGCGAGUGCCUUGUAUAUUUUAAACUAUCUUUGCGCGCACGCCAGUAGUAGUACCACAUUACUAGUCAUGGAUGUUUACGUAUUGCCUUUAGCCAAUCCCGAUGAUUAUGAACUAACCCUGUACGGGGAAAAGAAUAUGAUGAAUUUGGCCAGAAGUUUUCCUUUCAGAUUAGCUCAUUAUAAUGCAGAUGACAUAGGAAUAGAAAAUUACAUAGAAGUCAACCAUAAGUGGAAAGAAAAUCUAGUAAUACAAAACUAUGAAAAACUAGCAUUGAUCAAGGGCAUCGCUGACUACCAAAAAAACAUUAAGCUCUUCAUUUCGCUCCAAGAAGAAGGUGAAAAAAUUGUGUAUCCCUUUGGAACAAAACUGGAACCGUACGACAACUGCGCUCUAUCUUAUGUGGCCAAAAUAGGAAAAUUGGGAAGCCAAAUUGAUUUUCAUGUGGGAACAAUUUUUCAACAAUGUGGACUUACUUGUGGCACCGUAGUAGACUUCUUAAGAUUAUUUUCAACUUAUUUAAAGUUUACUUACAUCAUUCACAUGAACGAUAAGAAAAUAGGGCAGGUUUUUAGAAGGGUUCCCUAUCUAGCUGAAAAUGUACUGUGUGUUGUUACGUUGAUGGCUAGAGAGGUUGAUAAUUAUUAUAAAUCUCAAGUUUUUUAUCCUGAAUAUGCUAAAGAAACCUCGCUUAUAAAAUAGUUUGUAUAAAAAAGUUUAUAUCAACUAUUUUUUGACUUAUUUUAUGUCACUUUCCAAGAAUCUGUCGAAUAGACUAAAACCUUUUUUUACCAUAAAUUAUUAUUAUACUAAUGAAGGUAUUAAAUAAUUUUUUUAAUUCACAGAUAAUAAUAAGCUAUUCGGAAAGUUUGUAUUAAGUUCUUGUUUUUGGAGUUUUAUUAUUAGAGAAGUUUAAUUUGUAAAGAUGUUAAUUUAAAAAUUUUGAUAAGUCUACAAAAUAUGACAGACUAAACGUAGUUCUUAUUUUUUAGAGUGUUCAAUUAUUCUGCAGUUGAAUUUUUUUUGCUGCAAAUAGAUUUAUGAGAAUUGUACAAUUUUUUUAUUGACAAAUUACAUAUGCCUUGCAAAGGUGACAUUUUUCAUAUUCUUUAUUAAAAAUAUCUGUAUUAUUAUGGAUUUUUGGUUUUAAAUUUAUUCACUUUAGUAAUUAUUGUAGUAUUGAGGAAUUUCCGUUGUUAUGGCCCAUAAAAAAAAACGUAACUGUAUAUUUUAAUAUUAAUUGUAACAAGUGAAGGGUUCUUUUUUAAAAUUGUAUGAUAAUUAAAUACAUUGCUUUCCUAUUAAUAGUUUAUUUUU